CCAUGUGCUGAGACUUCGUACCAGCCGAAAUGUCAAUCAACUGGUUCAACAAGGACUCCUCGCAUUACUGCCUCGUCUGGCUGCUUUCCAGUCAGAAACAUUUAUGAGUUACUUGGGCGAGAGCAUGUACUAUUUUCUCAACUGUUUGAAGAAGGAACGAGAUAGGUCUAACGCUUUCAGAGCUGUUGGAUUGACAGCCAUUGCUGUUGGUACGGACAUCAUACCUCAUCUCGAGCCAAUUUUGGCGAUCAUUCGAACUACAUUAAGUGGCAUCAGAGAUUCAUCCCUAAGGAGAAGCAAAGCUAGUCCUCCUGACUACUCUGUAUUCAACUGUAUCAGCAUGCUCGCCAGAGCACUGGGUGACAGUCUUGCAAACGAUGUGAAGUCUCUGCUAGAUUUGAUGUUAGCAGCCGGACUAAGCCCUGCUCUCACAUCAGCGUUGAAGACACUGGCAGCUGACAUUUCAUCACUUAAGCGUGACAUUCAAGGUGGUCUUUUGCAGAUGUUGUCGUCUAUUUUGUUAAAUAAACCUACAAAACACCAACCGGCUACGAGAACUGUUUCUUCAACGUCAAUUCAAUCAGGAGGCUCUGGAUUUGACGUAAGUGAGUCUAGCAACCUCACACUUGCUAUGCAGACCCUCAGUUCAUUUGAAUUUGACAGUCACACUUUGACUCAGUUUGUACGCCAGUGUGCAGACAACUUUCUUUAUAGUGAACAGAAACAAGUGCGAAUGGAAGCCGUUAAGACCUGUUGUCGUCUUUUGACACCAGCUCUGAAGCUUCAGGUUUCACCAACUGGUCAAGUAAUAGCUGCUGGUCCAGUUAGUCAAACACAAGCCAAAGUAGUGUCUGAAGUUCUCGGUAAAUUGCUGUCUACGGGCAUAACAGACCAAGAGGAGGACAUACGACUCUGUGUUCUCAGUAAUCUUGAUGGAAGGUUUGACGGUCACCUAGCACAGGCAGAAAAUCUUAAUGCUUUGUUUGUGGCACUCAAUGACGAGUUGUUUUCUGUUCGUGAGUUGGCUAUCUGUACUAUCGGUCGCCUCAGUGCUCUUAAUCCAGCAUAUGUGAUGCCAUCCCUGAGAAAGACACUUAUCCAAAUCUUGACAGAGUUGGAGUUCAGCGGAGUCGUACGAAACAAGGAACAAGCAGCCAAACUGCUCAGUCAUCUCAUUGCAAAUGCUCCUCGUCUCAUUAAGCCGUACAUGGAGCCAAUACUUAAGGCGCUGGUUCCUAAAUUGAAGGAGCCGGAUAUCAAUCCAGGGAUUAUGACGAGUAUUUUGGCUGCUCUUGGAGAGCUCGCUGGCGUUAGUGGCAGAGACAUGAGACCAUUUGCCGAUGAACUCUUUCCUGUACUAAUCGAAAUCCUGCACGAUUCAUCAUCACAUCAGAAGAGAGAGGUUGCUUUGUGGGUGCUCGGUCAGAUUGUAGAGAGCACAGGCUAUGUUGUAGAGCCGUACAGUAAGUAUCCCAACUUACUGGAGGUUCUAUUGAACGUCCUCAAGACAGAACAACAGACGUCAACAAGACGAGAGGCUAUUCGUGUAUUGGGUCUUCUUGGUGCUUUGGAUCCUUACAAGCAUAAGAUGAAUGUCUCAUUGGGACCUCUGUUGGGAGCAGAAGCUCCAGUAUCUCAGAGCUCAGAGUGGAAAGGAAAGGAAGAUCCUGCAGGUGAUAGUACAUCAGAGAUGCUUGUGUCGAUGGCUGGCUGUCCACUGGAAGAUUUCUACCCGGCCGUCGCCAUCUCAGCUCUCAUGCGAAUCCUCAAGGAUGCCAAUCUCUCCAACCAUCACACGAUGGUCAUCCAGGCUGUCACGCUUAUAUUCAAGAGUCUUGGUAUGAAGUGUGUCCAGUUUGUGCCUCAGAUAAUGCCUUCUUUCAUCAGUGUGAUUGACGUGUCGAGCAAUAGAGAGUUUAUGUUCCAACAACUUGGCGUUCUUAUCUCACUUGUCAAGCAUCACGCUCAACCGUACAUGGGCGACAUAUUUAAGCUCGUCAUUAAAUUCUGGGAGACUAGUAGUCCGAUGCAGAGCACAAUCAUCAUGUUGGUUGAAGAACUGGCUGUUUCUCUGGGUGGAGAAUUCAAGAUCUACUUACCACAGAUCAUUCCACAAAUCUUGAAAGUCUGCUUGCAAGACGGCAGUCCUCAACGGAUUGUCACACUCAGACUACUGAAUGCUCUCCAGACGUUUGGAUCUAAUAUUGAUGGUUACGUGCAUCUUGUUAUGCCACCAGUUGUCAAACUGUUUGAGUCGGCAGAUGUUCCAACGAACGUUCGGAUGACCGCUCUAAAUACGCUUGACUAUCUAACCGACUAUGUUGAUUUCUCCGACUUUGCUUCACGAAUCAUUCAUCCGAUGGCGAGAACACUGGACACUUGCACUGAGUUGAGACCCGCAUGUAUGGACACUCUGUCAUCGCUGAUUCUUCAACUGGGACAGAAGUACGCUCUCUUCAUUCCGGUCAUCAACAAGGUUUUGGUCAAGCACAAGAUUCAGCAUCAACGAUAUGAAUGCCUGGUGACAAGGAUCUUGGCUGGAGAACGUCUCCUAGACGACAAAGAUGACCCGAUGUUUUCUCGUCGGCAACCAGUCACCACUGGAAAUCAACCUGACGAUACGGCUGCAAUAGAAGCUGCAAGCAUCAAGAAGCUUCACGCAAACAUUAUGAACUUGCAGAAAUCAUGGGCGACGGCUAGUCGAGUGUCAAAGGAUGAUUGGACAGAGUGGUUGAGACGUCUCAGUGUUGAACUGCUGAAAGAAUCGCCAUCUCCUUCACUGAGGCUGUGUUGGGCACUGGGAGCUGCAUAUAAUCCUCUCGCAAGGGAUCUUUUCAAUGCAGCAUUUGUUUCGUGUUGGGCUGAGCUACCAGAGCAGCAGCAAGACGAACUCGUUCGUUGCCUAGAACAAGCACUACGACCACAAAACAUUCCAGAAAUCACACAGACGAUUCUAAACUUGGCAGAAUUUAUGGAACACUGUGAAAAGGUGCUGUCGACUGAAAAUUAUCAUACGAUGUCUGUUCAACUGGACUUCUUGUAGGGCCCACUGCCGUUGAGCAGCAAGUUGCUUGGUGAGUGUGCUUCCAAAUGUCGGGCUUAUGCGAAAGCUCUUCAUUACAAGGAAGAGGAAUUUCAUAAAGGACCGACUAUUGAGACUUUGGAGUCUCUCAUUAGCAUCAAUAACAAAUUGCAGCAGUCGGAAGCUGCUAGCGGUGUCCUUGAUUAUGCCAUGAAGUAUCAUCCUACAGAGAUGAAAAUGGAAGAAUCGUGGUAUGAAAAACUGCACGAUUGGGAUGAUGCAUUGGCUGUCUACGAGAAAAAGAUGAUGACCAAUCCUGAAAAAAUGGACUUAGCAGUGGGAAGAAUGCGGUGUCUAGAAGCUCUGGGAGAAUGGGGGCAGCUGUAUCACUCAGCUAAGGAAAGGUGGCCAGCAGCACAGCAAGAAACAAGACAGGCCAUGGCUCGUAUGGCUGCAGCUGCAGCGUGGGGACUAGGUCAGUGGGAAGAUAUGGACGAGUACGUCUGCCUUAUUCCUCGCGACACUCUAGAUGGUGCGUUCUACAGAGCGGUAAUGGCUGUUCAUCAAGAGCACUUUACCCUGGCACAGAAAUGCAUCGACACGGCUCGAGAUAUCUUGGACACUGAACUCACAGCAAUGACAGGAGAGAGCUACAACAGAGCAUAUGGAGCCAUGGUCUCAGUCCAGAUGGUGUCUGAAAUGGAGGAGAUUAUUGAGUAUAAAUGGAAUCUCGAACGACGAGAGGGAAUUCGACAAGCUUGGUGGGAACGGCUGCAGGGAUGUCAAGCGAACGUUGAAGACUGGCAACGAAUACUCAAAGUGCGGUCGCUUGUUGUGACUCCACAUGAGGCCAUGCGCACGUGGAUCAAGUAUGCAAGCUUAUGCAGAAGGAGCGGACGACUGAAUCUGUCGCACAACACAUUGGUGAUGCUGCUAGGUACUGAUCCGACUCGGCACCCUGAUCAACCCAUUCCAACGACGUAUCCUCGAGUGACGUUUUCGUAUAUUAAGCACAUGUGGUACAACAACCAGCAGGAGCAAGCACUGGGACAACUACGGCAUUUUGUUCAGCACUCGUUACACCCGCAGGCCAUACAAACUGCACAACUCGAUAACAGCUAUCAAAAAUACGAAUUUCAGAACCUACUAGCAAGGUGCUAUUUGAAGCUUGGAGAGUGGCACCUGGCGAUCAAUAAGUUGAGUGAUGCAACUAUACCGGAUGUCCUCGAUUUCUAUACAGCUGCUACGGAGCAUGACAAGAACUGGUACAAGGCUUGGCACUCUUUGGCUAUGAUGAAUUUUGAAGCUGUUCUGUACUACAAACAUCAAGCGACUCCAACAGAAAAGUCAACCAACGAAGAAUCAGCAUCACCGCCACAGAAACCUCAACCAUCAACUGCUAAUAUUCACUUGUACACAAAGCCGGCCGUUCAGUGUUUCUUUCGCUCAAUUUCUCUGGCAAAAGGAAACUCGUUACAAGAUACUCUUCGUCUACUUACGUUGUGUUUUGAGUACGGUCACUGGCCUGAUGUCUAUGAAGCUCUCGUGGAAGGCAUGAAAACAAUUCAAAUUGAUGUUUGGUUAAAGGUGAUUCCUCAGCUUAUUGCAAGAAUUGAUACACAGAGACAGUUGGUGAGCAAGCUUAUUCACCAGCUGUUGACAGACAUUGGCAAACAUCAUCCACAGGCUUUGAUUUAUCCACUUACUGUUGCGUCUCGAGGUGCAAGCCAAGCAAGACGAACUGCUGCAAAUUCGAUUUUGCAAAAUAUGUGUGAGCAUAGCAACACUCUUGUGCAGCAAGCAAGGCUGGUAAGUGAAGAGCUCAUCAGAGUUGCUAUACUGUGGCAUGAACAGUGGCAUGAAGGACUCGAGGAAGCAUCUCGUUUGUACUUUGGCGAACGCAACGUUGAAGGCAUGUUUAACGUGCUGGAGCCUUUGCAUACAAUGAUGGAGAGAGAGAGAGGGCCACAGACACUGAACGAGACCUCUUUCAAUCAGGCUUAUGGACGGGAUUUGGCUGAGGCUCUGGAGUGGUGUAAGAAGUAUCAUCGGUCACAGAAUGUCAAGGAUCUCACACAGGCAUGGGAUCUGUAUUAUCACGUAUUUCGAAGAAUAUCAAAACAGUUGCCACAGUUGACGUCACUGGAGCUACAAUAUGUCUCACCCAAGCUACUGAAAUGCAAAGACUUGGAGUUGGCUGUUCCAGGAACAUAUGAACCAAAUCAGCCAGUCAUUCGCAUCCAAUCUUGUUCAGCUUCUCUUAAUGUGAUCACAUCAAAGCAACGGCCGAGAAAACUCAGCAUCCAAGGGAGCAAUGGCCAUGAAUUCACAUUUCUACUCAAAGGUCACGAAGACCUCCGACAAGAUGAACGAGUCAUGCAGCUUUUCGAACUUGUCAACACGUUACUAAGGACCGACCCAAUCACAUUCAAACGUCAUCUCAGUAUUCAAGGUUAUAGUGUGAUUCCAUUGUCAACUAACUCGGGUCUGAUUGGCUGGGUUCCUCACUGUGAUACGCUACACACAUUGAUACGAGAUUAUCGUGAGAAGCGGCGGAUCCUACUCAAUGUUGAGCACAGAUUUAUGCUAAAGAUGGCUCCCGACUAUGAUCACUUGACGUUGAUUCAGAAAGUUGAGGUGUUUGAGAAGGCACUGGAAACGACUCCCGGCGAUGACUUGGCAAAAUUGUUGUGGCUCAAGAGUCCAAGCAGUGAGGUGUGGUUUGAUCGCCGUACAAAUUACACUCGAUCUCUCGCGGUCAUGUCAAUGGUUGGAUACGUAUUGGGACUAGGAGAUAGACAUCCAUCUAAUCUCAUGCUUGAUCGCCUUACUGGUCACAUUGUGCAUAUUGACUUUGGAGAUUGCUUUGAGGUUGCAAUGACAAGAGAAAAGUUUCCGGAGAAAAUACCUUUCCGUUUGACACGAAUGUUGGUGAAGGCAAUGGAGGUUACGGGCAUCGAAGGCAACUUUCGUAUGACAUGUCACAAUGUGAUGCGCGUAUUACGAGAGAACAAGGACAGCGUGAUGGCAGUGCUAGAAGCGUUUGUGUACGAUCCACUGCUCAACUGGAGACUCGUCGACGCUGCUCCGAAAGGCAAAAGAGACAAAACCAAUACGACCGGCCAAGGUGCGGAAAUGCUCGGAGACAGCACAGCACAGGAACCACAUACAUCUCGUAGAUCAGUCCCUUCAGUUGAGGGCACUGCAGUAGGAGACGAAGACGGUAACCAGCCGGAGGUGUUGAACAAAAAGGCUGUAGAAAUAACCAACAGAGUGAGAGACAAACUAACAGGGCAUGAUUUUCCACAAUACGACAGUCACACCAUCACCGACCAAGUCGAUUUACUCAUCAAACAGGCGACGUCCAAUGAGAAUUUGUGCCAGUGCUACAUUGGCUGGUGUCCAUUCUGGUAGCAACUUUUUCAAAACGUCUAGUUUUUUCGUCUGACUUCAGACUUUCCUCAAGAAAUGAGGUCAGAAUAGUGAGUGCUGGCUGUAAUGUUUUAUCAAACUGCCAGUUUGUGAUCAGAAAUUUUGUUUGACCGCUGGGUGCAUGUUGGUAUGGUUUUAGAGUAAAUUCCAGUGUUGAACAUGUCAGAGAUAACAAUACUAGUCAUAAUAGUAACAAUGAGAUUUGCUUUCUUACUCCCGCACUUGAGUCAAAUACACUUGCUCGUAUCUUG